AUGUAUGUGUGUUGGGCGACGACUGGACGACGAAGUCGCUGAGUAGGAACAAAACCUUCGAAAAGCAAUAGGAAGUGUAAUACCCAAUUGGUAGAUUGUGCGGUGGAAGGCAGCUUCUCUUACGAUGGAGCAAUUAAUCGUAAGGAACAUCGAACUGGAUAAGAUUUGUCGCAUCUGUUUGGCAGUGAAGAAGGAAAUGCGACCACUGUUUGGUGAAAUGAUAGCAGAGAUGUUGAUGGAAAUCGCCAAGAUACAGAUCGAACAAAUGGAUGGUUGGCCGGACAAAAUUUGCGUUCAGUGUAUCCACCAGGUGAGUCGCUGCCAUGCGUUCAAAACCCGUGUGGAAAGGUCUGACAUAGCACUGAGGCAGUACAUCAAAGGAAUCACGGUUACGGUGGAUCCGGACAACAAAGAUUGCCUUCCAACCGAAAUAGCAAAGAUGGGUUUAAGUCCUCCAAAGCUUCAACAAGUGGCGCCGGCGAUGUUACCCCCGCAGUUACACGAGCUACACAUACAGCGAAACGACAUGCAAGCCAUCCAGACAGAGGCUCCUCCAAUGGCAGCACCAGCGAUGAUAUUGACAAGUGCGCAACUGAUCAAUGCCGGAGCACAAAUUAUUAAUACCGGCCAUAUAAUCACAACGGCCACUGGUCAACAGAUCAUCCAGACUACUCCGCAAUUUCAAGCUGCCUCCAUCGGGCAGUUUAUACAGGGUCCAAACAAUACCGUACAAAUGAUCACACAGAACGGUCACCCGGCUCAUGUUCUGCAAAUUCAACGCACUGCAGACGAUCGCUGCGAGAUCAUAGUGCAACCAGAUCUGACAGAGGCGCAGUACAUAGAGAAUGUUUCAUCUGUGCCAUUGAUGGUGACGGCUCCCGCCGCAACCGCAGCCCUUCCGACCGAUGCAAUGCACGCGCAUCAAUUGCAGCCCCAUCCACACAUCCACACCGUUGAGCAGCCCGAGCACAUAGAGCUGGAGGAAAGUGAACCAGACAUUCAGAUGCAUGAAAAGUUGGACGAUGAUGUGGAGUACAUUAUACCGGACGACGAAGCGAUCGAGACGGACGAAAUAAUCGAAGAAAGUCCGGGCAUUGAAGAGGCGGAAACGGAAUACUACCCCGAAACAGAAUGUGAAGAAUCUGACGAAGAAGAGAAACAAAUCGCGGAAUUCUUAACGUAUCAAACAUCGUGCCCCAGCCCAGGUCGAUAUGUGUGCAAUCUUUGUCACAAGGAGUUUAAUCAAGCAAAAUGGUUACAAUUACACAUGUCAUCUCACACGAAUUGGAUAAAGGCCAACUGUAAAAAGCAACCGGAAUGUCACAUUUGCCAAAAAAGUUUUCGUGGCCCAGGAAUGCUGCGAAUGCAUAUGAAAACGCAUGAGAAGAAGGACAAAAUACCCACAUGUAGCAUUUGCAACAAGGAGUUUAAAUCAAAAUCCAUACUGUACCGCCAUCGACAAACGCACUUUGAGAAAAACUUCGAAUGCUCCAUGUGCGAUAAGAAGUUCAGCUCCAAUUAUCAGCUAAACAUCCACGAGCAACGUCAUAAAAAGGAGAAACUUCACAAAUGUCCACACUGUGAUAAAUCAUUCUUGAACGAGACGGAACUAAAGAAUCACAUUCAACAUCAUAUGGGCACAUCGAUGAAGCAUGCUAAAAAAAUUGCCAUCAGCCGAAGUUAAUCGGAAGCAAU